AAAGCUUAUAAGUUUUUCAUAUCGGAAGCUAAUUUACCAAUGUAUAUGGAUGAAGCGAUGUGGCCAGCUGGAGUAAUAUUUAGACGCUUUGUUAGUUUUACACAAAGAAAAAAGUUGGAAACCGGCCAGGACAAACCCCAUAAUGGAUAGUACCUCCCAUAAGUUUGCCACUUUUAACUGUAAAAACGUAAAAAGAUCCAUUGAGGAUGUGAGAAGAUUAUGUCAGACGUGUGAUAUCAUAUGCCUUCAAGAAACGUGGCUGCUCCCGCACGACAUUCCUGUUAUAGGAACUAUUGACAGCGAAUUUGGGUACACGGCGACGUCUGCGGUCGACACGUCUGCGGGCAUCCUUAGGGGUCGGCCGUAUGGAGGCACGGCGUUAUUAUGGCGGUAUAGUGCUUUUCAACAAGUGACAGUGCUGCAAUGCGAUAAUAAUCGAAUUUGUGCUAUAAAAAUCACAACGGGAGAUAGGCCAGUGAUAGUGUUAAAUGUGUACUUACCAACAAACAGUGCCGAAAACCUACCGGAAUUUGUCGAUUGUUUAAGUGUUGUUAGUGCUAUUAUUGACGAAUAUGGAAUCGAUGCGGUGUUUAUUAUGGGAGAUUUUAACGCGAAUCCGGGUGAGUUGUUUUACAGAGAGCUUAUUAGUAUUUGUGAUGAUCAGUUGUGGUCGUGUUUAGACGUAGAUAGGCUGCAUCCUAGUACAUUUACUUUUAUUAGUGAUGCGCAUGGAACACGCAGCUGGCUCGACCACUGUGUUUCAACUCACUCGGCUGGGCAAUUGGUUACGGAUGUUUAUGUCUUGUAUGACACUUGGUGGUCGGAUCACUUCCCACUUAUUAUUCACUGUGAUUUAAAACUGAUAUCACCCAAAGUCAGGAGUAAUUUUAAGGAUGAAAAUAAGGACGUCCAGUGGGGUAGUAGAAGUGAGGAACAGACAAUACAAUAUACCUCAGAGUGUCAUAAAAGACUGAAACAAAUUGAUUUUCCUUCGGAUUUUGUUACAUGUGCAGAUCAUUUUUGUAAUAAUCGUGGACACAGGCGUACGCUAGACAGGCUAUAUUCUGACAUUGUGGCCGCACUCCGUGACGCUGCCACGGUGGGUCGGGGUAGCGGACGUCGGGGUGGGAGUGGUCCGCGCAUUAUUGGGUGGAACAAGCAUGUCAGAGAGGCUCACGUAGUGGCCAGGUCUAAAUUUAGGGACUGGGUCCUAUGUGGAAGACCGAGGUCCGGUAUUGUUUACAAAGAAAUGUAUAAAAGUAAACAAAUUUUUAAGGGAAGGUUAAAAUGGUGUCAAGAAAAUCAGGACCGAUUGAAAAUGGAAUCCCUAGCGGAAAAAUAUUCCAAGGGCGACUUUCGUAGCUUCUGGAGCGACACCAGUAAAUUCAAUGUACGACCUGGCCUUCCCGUGAGCGUCGCUGGUUGCAGUGAUCCAAAGGACAUUGCCAAUGUGUUUAAGGAUCACUUUUCUGUUCAUUCACCGCUUGGUCCGCCGCGGGAGGUGCUCAGUGCUGACUUAGGUAGUAAAAAGGUGGGGGCGUCAUUUCUUGCGAAAGACGUUGCCAAAGUCAUAAAACUCAUCUCUAAAGGAAAGUCUCCGGGUCAUGACGGUCUCAGCAUUGAGCACUUGCUGUUUGCCGGACCUCAUAUUAAUAGGGUAUUAGCUAUGUUCUACUCUCUGUGCGUGAGCCAUUCCUACUUGCCGGGGGAUUUCAUGAAAACGGUGGUAGUACCUAUAGUGAAAAAUAAAACGGGAGAUCUCACGGAUAAAAGUAACUAUAGGCCCAUAUCCCUUGCUACCAUUAUAGCCAAGGUAUUUGACGGAUUGCUUAAUACACUGCUGGACAAAUACAUUGUGCUUCAUGACAAUCAAUUUGGAUUUCGACCCCGAUUGUCGACUGAGAGUGCCAUACUGUGUCUUAAGCAUACCGUCAAAUAUUAUACUGACCGCAAAACUCCUGUGUACGGCUGCUUUCUCGACCUGUCACAGGCUUUUGACUUAGUUCGAUAUGACUUACUGUGGAGUAAGUUAAGGAGCGUAAAAUUACCACUUGAAUUUGUAAACAUGUUUCAGUACUGGUACGCUCAUCAAACAAAUAGCGUGCGUUGGGCGGGUGCAGUGUCGGAAUCAUAUGGGUUAGCUUGCGGCGUGAGACAGGGCGGAUUAACAUCUCCUACCCUCUUCAAUUUAUAUAUUAAUGAGUUGAUCAUCGAGCUCAGUAGCCAACAUGUUGGCUGUCACGUUGAUGGAGUUUGCGUCAACAAUUUAAGUUAUGCGGACGACAUGGCGCUGUUGAGCGCGUCGGUCUGCGGUCUGAGAAAGCUCGUUGAAAUUUGCGAGAAGUACGCGUGUGGCCACGGACUUUUGUAUAACGUUAAGAAAAGUCAAGGUAUGGUCUUUAGGGCGGGUACUAAUUGUCCCAGGGAUGUACCACCGGUAAGAAUAAGUGGUACGCCUCUGCAGUGGGUUUCUCAAUUUAAAUACUUAGGUCAUAUUAUAGCUGCCGACCUUAAGGAUAAUGCCGACAUUGACAGGGAGCGGAGGGCAUUGUCAAUCAGAGCCAACAUGAUUGCCCGCAGGUUUGCACGAUGUUCACGGCAGGUCAAAAUUGCGCUGUUCAGGGCUUACUGUACGUCGUUGUAUACCUGCAGCCUGUGGGCUGACUAUACUAAAAGGAGUUACAAUGACCUCCGCGUCCUUUACAAUAACGCGUUCAGAGUGAUAUUGGGGCUGCCCCGAUUCUGUAGCGCUUCGGGUAUGUUUGCGGAGGCGCGAACAGACUGUUUUCAUGCAGCCAUGCGUAAGCGAAGUGCGUCCCUGGUGCGCAGAGUACGGACCAGCUCCAAUGUCAUUUUGAACAUGAUAGCCGACCGACUGGAUUGUCCAUACACCCGGUGUUGCUGUGAAAGACAUGUCGCGGUGUCUAUGCCGCUGAGGAGGUAUUGACAUCCUAAACUUUUAAUUAUUUGACAUUUUUAUUUUAUUUUAUUCCAAAUUAUGUUUUAUUAUUUUACUGUAUGUGUUACUUUUAAUUAUUAUGGUUAUUUAAUUUUCAUUUGUAUUAGAUUGUAUUUAUUUUUAUGUAAUUGUUAUAAAGUCGUGUAUAUGGAUCUUUGUUGUC